AUGCAACCCUUCCAUUUCGUGCCUCAAAUGGAUAACAAAGUAAAUGUUGUUUCAAUGCAGCCUUUUCAAAUGUAUGCUUCCCCCAACCAUAAUGUAGUUGUUCCUCAAACAUUUCCAGAUAACAUACAACAAUAUAAUCAACCAAUCUUUUUCGAACCGUUACCACCAAUUUAUGUGAAAAAUCAUUUAAUACCAUCUCCAAUUCUUGUGCAAAUGCCCACAACUGUAGUUGUUCAGAAUGAGUCCCAACCAGCAAUGGUUCUUAGUCAACCACCCUCAAAUAUUGUAGUAAAAAAUAAUCCACCAACAUCUGUUUUUGUUAAACAAUCUAAUCCUAAUGUUGUUGUAAAGAAUGAAGCGCCACCAAAUUACGUGCAAAAUAUCGAAGCAUGUCAAGAUGCAGUAGUGACAGAUAUGAGCCGUCCAUUGAUGACAGCCUUGAAUAAAAAUAUUUUAUAA